AUGGAUGAGAAAAAGCGAUUGUCCCGAAGCCAGAAAAGUGUGGAUAGCAUUGUACGCUGUAUGCAGGAUCAUUCGCCGCAGAAUAUCACUCGAGCUGCUCGUAAAAUUGCAACACCGACUUUCCUGUCCGUUUUCGCACCGAUUGUCGACGGACAAGUAUGUUAUUCAUUUUUAAUUUUUUUUUUCAGUGUCUUAUUUGCGCCAAUAAAAAAUGCUUUGCUUAUGCUUAUGUGGGUUGGCGCUUUUGAUAAUUUAAUGGCAGAACUAAAUUAG